AGGGGGCGUGUCCUCGCUAAAGCGGUAGCGGCGCUACACCCGUCGGUGUGUCAGACGCGGAUCCUCCAGAAGUUUUGCGCCUGACCCCGAUCCUCUCGCCCGGAGUUUCAAACCUGCGCCAAAACCCCCAGCAGCUUACGGUUCCUCUGGGUUAUGGAAAUGGAUAAAAUGGACGAAAACGACUGGAAAUAUCACGGGGAGGGCAACAAGAGUCUGGUCGUGUCUCAUUUGCAGCACUGUCGAGUUCUUCGUCUGCUGAAGUUUCCCUCCGAAGACUCUGCACAUACACGACAGACUGCAGAACAAGCUUUUCGACACAUCCCCAACAUCGUGGAUUAUAGUAAAUAUGUCAUGAAGCCUUUACUGGGGGAGAAAUACGUUCACAGUGGAGAGGUUGUUAAACUACCGCUGGACUUUGUGAGACAGCUGUCGCUAAAGGUCCAACAAGAACGACCUGAACUGCGCUGUGAUAAGGUCAUGGACACAUUCAGUGGGUGUGGUUUAUGCCUUCCCAACCUGACCCAUCUUCCCCUCCACCAUCUCAGAGACCACAGACCUCCAAUCUGCGUUGAGAUUAAGCCAAAAUGUGGAUUUCUACCCUUUUCAAGGCACGUAACCAAGGAAUGCAAGCGCAAGGUUUGCAGAUUCUGCAUGCAUCAGCAUUACAAGUUAGCCAAUGGGAAGUGGAAGCGAUUGAGCAGAUAUUGCCCUCUGGAUCUCUUCUCAGGGAGCAAACAGCGAAUGUAUGUUGCAUUGAAGAACCUGUUAGAGGAACCACAAAACAACUUGAAAAUCUUUAAGGGUGGAGAGUUGAUAUUUAGCUGUAAAGAUGAUGCCAAGCAGCAACCCGACUUGAACGAUCUCAUUCAGCACCUUCGGCCUUAUUUCCCUCAUAGUAAUGGCCUCUAUAACAGCCACCAGCCUGGCAAAGCGGUCCUGAACGAGUUAAUUCGGGUGAUCUGCUCCGCUCUGCUCAGCGGCGGGGACUCGAAUCGCUCGGUAGAGCCCAGGAAGGUGCACCUGUCCGAGAGCAGGCCGCACUGUGAAGCAAGUCCCUUCCCAAGAGACCUGCUCCGAAACGGUAACCACAGCAUCCCUAAAGACAGUGUCCUUGCAAAAAUCCUCCAAGUCCAGAUGAUGGAUAACCUGGAUAUUGAAGGAAUCUACCCUCUGUACAAACGCGUGGAGCAGUAUCUAGAAGAGUUCCCGAGAGAAAGAAAACGAUUGCAUAUAGAUGGGCCUUAUGAUGAGAGUUUCAUGGACACUGUGAAAAACUGUCCUACUGAAGAUGACGGCUCUGUAGAAUAUGCAGUUGGGAAGGUUCAUCAGUAUAGAGUCGCAAUGACUGCCAAAGACUGCUCAAUCAUGAUCACGUUUGCACCUUGUGAGGAAGACGAGGAACACCAGUUGAAUUUGGAGAAGCCUCGUUUCACGUAUUCAGUCUCCAUCCUGGAUCUGGACCCCAAACCGUAUGAAGGCAUCCCUCACCAGUACAAGCUGGACACCAAAAUCGUCAACUACUACCUGCGGAGCACGCAAGCUCCGCCCCCCUCCAGCCUAUAUAAGGAAAGGCAGGAGUGCACAUUGCUCUUCCAUGCUGUAUGAGACACCUCUACAAGUGAUGCUUGGGAAAUACCUAGGAAGUGAAUCUGAAAUAGUGAUCUAAUUUAGUUUUUUUCUGUUUGCUAGUCUGUCUAGUUGUUUGCCCUCCCACAGUGUUCUGCCACGUGAAGUUGGCGUUCACAGUUGUUGCAAGAGCAAACCUGAUGAUUUUCUUUUUGAGGGGCUGGUCUCCUAAAGAACAUGAUACCUGAAUGAGUCAGUCAUUGGCUGUAAAAAGUGAGGACAUGGAGGGGGUGUGUGUGUGUGUUUUUGUGCAGUGCUGUUGGGUGUUUCUCGCACGCAGCGGCGCUACUGUGGUCUCCAAGUGCCAACAGUGACUUACAGCGAUUUUCCCUAAUGAACGUUUUACCGCGCAUCAGCUUGGCCGUGUCUUCAGUCGCUGUACAGGCAGUUUGGAAUUCAAAAACAGACAAGUACUUCAUCCCUAGAGCUCCUCAAACCUCUGACCCUUGGCGAGCUACAGUAGCGGGAGUAAUACUGACAAGCACAGACCUGUUGUAUGCUAGCGAAUGGGGUCGCGAUAACACCGUCACUACCUGUAAGAUAGAUUUUAUAAAUUAGAAGAUAAGCCUAAUGAUAUUA